AUCGUUGAGAAACUUUAGAGGUAUGGCCCACUCAUGUCCUAGAGAAGCAGGCUCAUCAGCAUUCUCAGAGGGCUGUUGAUAAUUUAAUUUGCAUGAGAGGAUAUAAGGUCUUAUCUCAGAGUGACUCAGUUACAUGCUUCUCUAGAAAAUAGACUAUCUUGAUGUCACACUGUGUUCAAAUUGAAAUGUGUGGCUGUUUUCAUCAGUUGGUUUAAUUUUUAAAUAGGUGGUGUCUGAUGCUGCAGGACAAGGCGUCACCAUAACAGGGGACAAAGCCUUCAACAACUGGAACUGGCCCAAUGCAGUCAUCUUUGCAGCUACAAUUAUCACAACUAUAGGUUAUGGAAAUAUUGCGCCAAAAACGCCUCCAGGGAGGGUUUUCUGUAUAUUUUAUGGUCUUUUUGGAGUGCCGCUGUGUUUCACCUGGAUCAGUGAGCUUGGAAAGUUUUUUGGUGGAAGAGCUAAACACCUUGGGAAAUAUCUUACUAAGAAAGGAGUAACAUUGCGGAAAACACAGUUUACCUGCACAGCUGUCUUUCUGUUAUGGGGUGUGCUGGUCCAUUUGCUGAUUCCUCCAUUUGUAUUCAUGUCUCAAGAAGGCUGGACCUAUAUCGAGGGCUUGUAUUUUUCUUUUGUCACUUUGACAACUAUUGGUUUCGGUGAUCUUGUAGCAGGUGUUGAUCCCAAUGCUGACUACCCUACUCUCUAUCGCUACUUUGUGGAGGUGUGGAUAUAUCUUGGUCUGGCAUGGCUCUCCCUUUUCUUCAAUUGGAAGGUGCGCAUGGUUGUGGAGGCACACAAAGCUCUAAAGAAGCGCCGUAAAAGGCGCAAACUUUCUCUGGAUGAGUUAAAGUGCAUCAAAAAAAGUCACAAGACUCUACACCUGCCACCUACCCCUAAUGAAGCCAACAUCUUCAGCUUCCUGUCCAAGAAAAAAGAAGAUUACAAUGACUUAAUCAAGCAGAUAGGUGUCGAGAAGGAAGGAGAAGAUCAAUGUGUCAGCUCCAUCACUGGUAGCAGGAAUAAAGCACCAAAACGCUCAAAGAGCUGCUAUGAUUCUCUUUCAGUAAAAGGAAAUUCCAUCCUCAGUCUAGACCGCUCCCCUCGACAGAAGCGCCGCUUCAGCUUCAGUGAUAGAGUUGCUGUAGCCCUCUCAAAAUCCAAGGGUUACCUUCUUAACAAAGAGGAAUGUCUACUCAUGAAUGAAAUGCAUGGGGGAGGAGGGAUAGACACUGACCUAAACUGUAUGAGAAGCUAUGAGAAUCAAUUGGACAAGGAGGAAGGAGAGAACCAAGAAGGUCUAGAACCUGCAGGCUGCGGUAAUGGCCGGAUCACGUUGGACUCCAAAGUUAACCAGAUCCUCAUGUUUCCCAAUGCUAACAUCACCUUCAUUGAUGAGGAGAAUUUGCUGAACAACCUGGAGGAUGAUGAUGAUAAUGACUUUCUGAAAUCUGUCUCAUCUGAAGCUGAGAAUUUAGACAUAAAGGAACAGGGCUCAGAAUCAGAGACCUCUGUAUUCACCACAGAUGGGUCAGACCAUGACCACUUCUAUGAGCAGCUAGCGGAAGAGUAUUCCAAAGAGGACAAUACUGACAUUUGAUCCUGUCUCAUCAAGGAUUUGGUCUAGGAUUCUCUCUAGGAUUUGGUCUUCUUCUAUCUAAAACCGUAUGAUUUUUUUUUUUUUCAUGAACUUGAAUUGGUGUAAACUAUAAAAUGGAAGUUAUUUGUCACAAUCCAUUUCCAUCUGUCUUCUAAUGUGAGCAGACAAUGUGAUUUACAUUAUUAUUACUGUUGUUUUUUAAGGAUUUUGCUAGUGGGACAACAGACUUAAGUCUUACUUUGAACUGACAUUAAAAUUAAAAACCAAUUAUAUAAAUGAACGAACAUGGGCAGCUGUUGGCAUAGAGAUGUAUAUCAAUAGCUGACUUUUGCAUUGGCUCUAGACUUGAUUAGGUUUUUAUUUAUUGUAGCGUUUCUUCUUAAAUUGUCUGACCUGCAGGGGUCUCAUGAUUCAUUGUGAACCAGUUCACUGACAAUAUAGAUUAUUGAUAGUAAAAUAAUAUAGAUUAAGAUGUUUGCAUGUUUUUUCACCAUGUUGGUGAAUUAUUUUUAAGAUGGAAAGGAAAAAAGCUUAAUCCUUAUUGGAUGUUAAACCAUAUAUUUUAUUGUCUUCCAUUUUAGUCUGAAAUAUUGAUUUUGGGUAACCAUAUUGGCCUGUUGUUUUAACUUGGGAUUUAUUUAUGAGAUAAUGUCAUUUUACUUUUUUUUUAUUCCAAGUCUUUUGUUUAUGCAUACAUUGUUUUAAUGUUCCUGAAAUGUGUUGUUAACUCCUUUCCAAAGAUAAUCACAAUAUUUUUGGUUUUCUGAACUGGUAAUACUGUCAAUACAAUCAGAUGAUCCACACUAAAAUACUCUAUCGACCUCCCUCAAUGUGUCACUGUCAAGUAGAUGAUAGUUGAAUCAGUCAACAUUAGAAAUGAGAAACCAAUUGUUAUUACAGUGUUCGUUUUACUAACAUAACCACCGUUUUGGUGUCUGACUCAUUUGUUGACAUGCUAAUUCUUUGUUGAUAUUUAACCAGCAUACUGACAAAGUAACCAUUACAAUACACUAAUCAAAAAAGAAAGAUCCUGAUUGUGGUUCCCUCUCCUGAGCUCUAGCCAUGUGUGUUCUCACACUGUCAUGCCACUGAGUGCCCCUGGUGUGUAGAGCUGCAUCCUGAGUCUGUUUCCUGUUUGUAGUUGGAAUUGUUGUUUGUAUUUUUUGUUUUUCAAGUGUGUUAUAGGAGCGAUCUCUCUUAAUCUCAUUUUGGCUUUCUUUAAAAGUUUUUUUUUUUUUUUUAACUUCCCAUAUUCAUUGAAAUAUAUGCAUUUAGUGCUGUGUAUAUCAUGUAAGUACAUUUUGCACCAAUUUGUGUUUCUUCUAAUGAGGCCCUUUAAUGUUGCAUUUUGUUAUAGGCAAGGUUUGUUAUAAGUAGCCACUGUUUCCCCAGCUACAUUUUAACCAGAGCUUUCUUUCAUUCUCAGUGUGCAGUCUCUCAUUUGAGAGAACAGUGUGUUUGCUAUGUAAACAUUGAAAAAGUAACUAUCAUUGUUGUUCUCCUGUAGUCUCGGUUCAAUUAGCUAUGAGCAAAAUUUGGCAUGAAUAGAUGACCAGAAUUUCAAUUGACUUCAGUGACCAAGUGUUAACUAACCUGAGGUUAACCUGCCAAGUCGUGGUUUUGGUUUUUGUUCAUGCAAAUGUUCGCCCCAUUCUUUCACAGAAAAGGUAUUUCUACUCUCCAAGUGAUGUAAAGGUUAAAGUGCUUUGGAUUUCUUUUCUUUUUUUUCAUGUUAUGCUUUGAAUUUCCUGUACUUUGUAAUCUCCAUAUUGUAAUUGCUCCCUGGUGGUGCUUGCUGUUUAGAUGAUCUCUAUAUGGAUUUGAAUGUUGGACUGAAUGAGAAUUUUUCAUUUGAAAUAAACCAAUUUCUGCCUUGUU